CUAAUUUUGUGUUUUUAUUUUGGUUUAUUAAAAAUAAUAAUAAAACAAAACAACAAUGUAUAAAAAACUACAAGUUUUUACUAAAACAACAAAUUUUCGUCAAGCAACCAAAUUGGUUGAAUGUCCAUUGGUCAAACCGAAUGAUGAAGAAAUUCGUGUAAAAAAUAUCUAUGCUGGUGUCAAUGCUACUGAUAUUAAUAUAACGGCUGCACGUUAUUUUACCGAUGGUAAAUUACCAUUCGAUAUUGGAUUAGAAGCAUUGGGUAUUGUUGAUGAAAUUGGUUCGAAUGUAACAACAACAUUGAAAAAAGGACAACCAGUUCUGGCAUUGAAUGGAGCUGGAUUCUCUGAAUAUGUUUAUUCAUCGCCAAAACAUUUGAUACCAUUACCAGAACUUAAACCUGAUUAUUUGGUUACAUAUGUUAAUGGAUUAACAGCUUCAAUUGCAUUGGAUAAAGCUGGCCAUAUAAAAGCUGGUGAUAAAGUAUUGGUUACAGCUGCUGCCGGUGGUACUGGACAAAUUGUUGUACAAUGGGCUAAACAUCGUGGUGCAUAUGUCAUUGCUAUGACAUCUUCGGAAAAGAAAGCUGAAUAUCUAAAAAAAUUGGGUGCUGAUUUUAUUAUCAAUUAUAAGACCGAUAAUAUUGAUCAAGUAUUGAGUGAAAAAUUUCCCGAUGGUAUUGAUGUCGUAUGGGAAACGAUCGGUGGUGAUGUAUUCAGCACAUUAUUCAAACAUUUAGCCAUCAAAGGUCGAAUGGUAUUGAUUGGUAGUAUUACCACUUAUAGUGGUGAUCAAGGUCAUGGUUUUGUCGAUGUUUCAAUUCCAAAUUUACAUACAAAAUUGGUUAUGCGAUCACUUUCAUUGACCGGUUUCAUGUUGAUGAAUUAUAGGGAACAUUUCCAGGAAUAUUUUGGUCAAUUAAUUCCAAAAGUACAUAAAGGUGAAAUUAAAGUAGCCGUUGAUCUUGGUGAACAAACAUCGGAAGGUAAAUUUUUCGGCUUAGAACAAGUGGUUCGUGCCGAAGAGCAUUUACAUGGUGGAAAAAAUCUUGGCAAAGUAGUCGUUCAGAUCCAGGAACCAUAAACCAUCUAAUAUAUCGGAUGUGUGCAAAUUGAUUUUGUUUUGAUCUAAUCUAAAAAAGAAAAUGUUCCAGAAUGAAAAAUUUUUUUUUUCAAAUAA